AGGCAGCGUUUGUGCGUCUGUCGUCAUCACGCACGCUUCUCCUGACGUUACAGUCAAUGGACGCUGCCCAGUGUUCUCACAGAUGCUGUGCAUGAAUGUCUCUGAUGAAGUGAGAGGGGUUCUCUUUCUUCAGAGAUGGACUCUCAGAACUCAAACCUGAUCUGUGUCAUAUGCCUGGAGCGCUUCCGGAUCCCAGUGACCAUCCCCUGCGGUCACACCUUCUGCCAGACAUGCAUCACAACUCACUGGGACACGAAGAGCAAGUCUGACAUCGGACCUCAGUGUCCCAUGUGCAAUGAAAAGUUUGUGAGCAGGCCCAUCCUCAAACGCAAUGUGUCCCUGUCGGUCCUGACUGAGACUGCGAACAGCACCGGGCCCUCCAGCAGAGAGUCCCUGAUGAGGGGAAGUGACGGGGCCAGAGCGAUGCUGCUCUGUGACCGCCAUAAAAAGCCUCUGGUUUACUACUGCAAACAGGACCGCAUGUCUGUGUGCUGCGAGUGUGGCAUCUCUGAAUGUCUGAACCACGACAAGGUCCUGUUGGAGGUGGAAAGGGAAUGUCAAGAGAUGCUGCUAGAGAGGAAGAAUAAAGAGGUGGGGAGACUCAUGGAGGAAACAGAGAGGAGUAUUAAAGAGCUGACUGACCACAUCAAUCAAGCCAAGGUCACUCUUCAGCAGACCUCUGCCUGGGCCAAUGUCAAGUUUUCCAGCCUGAUUAAAAUCCUAGCCGAGAAGCAGGAAGCUACAGAGCUCUUCAUGGAGGAGCAGAAGGAAGCUGCCAUCUCAGAGGCGGAGGCUCGGCUGGCUGAGCUUGAGGGACGCUCCCAGAUCCUCAGAGAGAGUCAGGGACAGAUAGCAGCUGUACAGAGCCUCACUGACACGGAGCUCAUCAAGGAAUCCAUGCUCAUAGAAGUACCCCGCUUUGAGGAAAUUUCCACGACUAUGACUCCAAACCUCUCCGAUAAGUUAAACUGCGUCACAGAAGUCCUGUCCCGAGUCUCUAAGCUGGUGUCUGAGGACCUGGAGAAAGCCGUGAGCACAGCUGUGGGUCAGGAUAAAGAUGGUUCUCCUCAGGACAAGAGGCCAGUUCUUGCUGUUGUUCCGAGUCCAGCUGCUCCGUGUCACCCUGGUGGAAAGGAGGGCCUCAAUGCUUAUCGAUGUGCACUGACCUUCGACCCUCGCACAGCCAACGUGCACCUGUCUCUGUCCCUGGAGAACCGGAGGGCAGAGCACCUGACCUCUGGGCCGCGCCCCGUCCCAGGCAAUGCAGCGCGCUUCGAUCACACCUGGCAGGUGCUUUGCUUUCAGGGCUUCACCCACGGACAGCACUACUGGGAGCUGGAGGUGUCCAAGCCAUGGGCCUACCUCGGGGUAACCUAUGAAAACAUCCCCAGGAAGGAGAAGGGCAAGAAGUGCAUGGUGGGUAUGAAUGAACUGUCCUGGAGCCUGCAGCUGGACGAGCAUCAGCUCAGCGCCUGGCACAACGGCAGGAGGGAGACUCUGGCCUGUCACCCCCAUCACAGCCGUAUCGGGAUGCUGCUGGACUACGAGGCCGGGACGCUCACGUACUACGGAGACGGGCAGACCAGGCUACACGCCUUCCACUGUGCCUUUACGCAAGAGCUGUUCCCCGCCUGCUGGAUAGGAGAGGGAGUCAGCAUCACCCUGUGCUCCACAUGAGCCGGCUCAGAAGGAAAGGGAAGGAGGGAGCUCAGAAAGAAGAAGCACUAUCAGACACAGAAUUUAUCCCUUCACCGUGACGAAGGUUUCAUUUUUAUAGCAAUGACUGCCUUCCUCAAAAGUAGAGACUGUGAAGGGCUCGAUCCUCCACACUGAGCACUGGAUUUCAGCUAACUCAGCGUUACAAAAUUAAAAUGGUAGCAAACUAUCAUCCUGAAGAACCUGAGGCUUCCCUUUUGAAGACGCUAGAGAUGAAACAAUUAUGCAACCGAAAAUACAAAAGCUCCCAGUUAUUGGAUAAUCAGUCGAUGGUUUAGUCUUUCUCCAAGCCAACACUUGAAACAUUUGCUGCUUCCAGCUUCUUAAACGGAGGUUAUUUGUAGCUUUUCUAAACUUCACCGGCUCUCAGAAAAAGCAAAGAGCAGUUUCUCCCUUUUUUAACCUUUUAAAGAUUUAAAAACAUCCGAGAGGAACACAUACUUCACUCUGCUUUGUUUCCUUUGCUUCUCCGAGUAUUCAUAAACUACAUUAGAGCUGAGCUGGAUCAGUUUGAGAAGAAUCCGUGUGUCAGAUUGUUUUCACUCCUCAGAGUCCUCCUUGUGUUCUUACAGAGCAAUAAGCAUCAUUACAGGUGGGCUUACAGGCGUUUGACCCAUUUUAAAUGAUUCAUUAAAUAAAGCUGAGGUCUGAGCAGCUUCCUUCAGCUGGAUCAGUUUACACUGUUUGAAUCCUGUGCUUUCCAAACACAGAUCACCGUGUGGCUGAGAGGUGAACGUCCUGCAGAUUUGUAUCACACAGACACUACCAGUCCAAAGUUUGGACACACCUUCUCAUUCAAUGGUUUUUAUUUAUUUAAAUUAUUUUCAACAUUGUAGAUUAAUACUGAAGACAUCAAAACUAUGAAAUAAUCUGGUUUUGUCUUAAUCUGGAUUACAACAGUAGUCAAACAGGGCUAUCCAUUGUGUACUAACCCUACCUCUGAACAACACAACUGAUGGUCUCAAACCCAUUAAGAAGGCAAGUCAUUCUACAAAUGAACUCUUGACAAGGCUCAUGUUCAUUAGAAACCAUUCCAGGAGACCACUUCAUGAAGCAGACUGAGAGAAUACCAAGAGUGUGCAAAGCUGUCAUGAAGGAAAAAGGGGGCUACUUUACAGAAUCUAAAAUAUAAAACAGAUUCUGCUUUGUUUAACACUUUUUUGUUCAUUCAAUAAUUCCAUAUAUGUUCUUUCAUAGUUGUGAUGUCUUCAGUAUUAAUCUACAGUGUUUACAAUCAUUACAAUAAAUACAAACCCUUGACUGAGAAGGUGUUUCCAAACUUUUGACUGGUAGUGUACAUCAGACUUCACCUGAACACUAAGCUUUGAGUUUCAUCAGGAGGUCAGUAUAGUAAACAGCAGUUUAUAGUCUGUUAGAUUAGCCAAGCACGCAAAACAGCUCAGCUCUGCUUUAAGGAAACCAACUACAGCUGCCACAAUUCACUAAUUGAGUGCCUGCUGCUUGUAUCUAAUAACCAAACUCCUCCAAAAAAGUUUGGAAACGUUAUCCGGUCAGUAUUUCUCCCCUUUAAUAAUACCAAUAGGUGUUAUAUUUUUAGACCUGAGGUUGCCGCUUGGAUAUGAGUCCAAUGUGGAAGUGCUAAAAACUGCAGUUCAUCAAGGAUCUGCUUGGGGCAGAAAUAAACAUGUUUACAGCCUGGUACAAAAGACGAGUGUAGUCUGGAUAGCUCAUUUCUCCAUCAGCUAACACUGUACGGAGGGUGAAUUUUUUUCAAACUCAGCAAUUUCAAAGAUAUUGAGAUUACAAGUCUUCCAAUGAGAGGCACAGCUGACUUGAUUGACAGGCGGGAACACUGUAGCUGUUGGCGAGGAGGCUCAAAGCCCGCCUCUUUACCUCACAAUCGCAACAGCAGCAACAUGGCUGCCGCCGAUGAUUGGCCUCUUCAGAAACAGAUGGGUGACGUCACGGAUACUACGUCCAUAUUUUAUACAGUCUAUGGUUUUAUUAUAUAUAAAUGGAAAGCCUGAUUAGACACCUUUACAAAGAGGUACGACUUGUAGGGAUCGUGCUUCUGUGGAAUGAACAACACAGAUAAACGUGUGAGUAGCUCCCACAUAAAUGUGUCAGAAUCCCCUGCAGUGUUCUCCUGUUGGUGUUCACUCUUGUGUUGAGUUGCUUGGUGGAUUGGAUGAUUUCACUCUCAGACAGUAAUCAGGACAAAACAACACAUAGUGGACAUUUUUACUCUUCAUUCAUGUCACACUGUCAGGAACCACAUUUAAAGUGGGGAUCCAGACGCAGCCAUGACAGCCUCUCCUCAGACUCCUCCCUCCUUAUGCUGGUCACAUUUUGCCGUGCGAUGGCGUUCCAUUCCUCAACCAGCGGGGUUAAGUUGGUCAGUGUUCAAUGGGGUUGAGGUCUGGACUCGCGGCAGGCCACUCCCAAGUCCUGGAGGUACCAUGGCUGUUUUUGAAACCUCCUACUAUCCCAGCAGUACGUACUGAUUUGGUCUAAAUUCAGUAUGUAGUAUGUGAACAAGCAACAUCUUCAGUAUGACAAAACUACCCGGAUGUUGUACUGAUUCAGGAACAUGUCUCAGUCUGCAUCGGAUCAGUCUGCCUCGCGUACUGUUUCCCACAAUGCACAGCGCUAACGGUCCUCUAUUUAUUUUUUCUUCUUUUUUUAAGGGGGCACUCAGUUUUUAGGUGCUGUGAAAAUAUUAAAUUCCAUAGAAACCACUUCUUAACAUCAGCUUGGUCGUUGUUUACUUCCGCUUUCCGAAACCGGAAAUCCAGCACCGCCUGACCCAGCAUCCUGCAGACCAGAUCCAACAGAACAGUCAGACUACAGACUAAAUUCAAACACAGUAUGUAGUAGGCACUUUAAGUACUUUUUUUUUUUCCCCCCAAGUGUGUUUCCUUCCUUUUUACUGUGUGCCUGUCGCACUUUAAGAUUUCUUGAAAUGAAAAGUGCGUUCUAAAUAAAAAUGUAUGAUUCUUUUUAUCAUUACCUACUGCAUUACUACAUUCAUAGGUAGUAUGGAGCAGGCCGUUUAAAAACAGCCAUUGUGACGAUCCUGGCUCUGCGGGGGAGAGCGUUGUCAUCCUGGAGUUAGGUCCCAGAUUCAGGUGCAGGUCAUACACCUGUGACUGGCACACACCUGGCAGCACUUGAAGAAUAUUUUGGCGCAAUUAUUCGGGGGGUGCUACCCUUACGUUUAGCUGUGUUGCUCAUUCCAAGAAUGCACUGUCUUACAAGUUGUACCUCGUUGUAAAGAUGAAUAAUCAGUAGGGAUGUAUACAACUAAUCAAGUAUCGAUUCAUUGAUUAUUUAGAAUUUACUUGAAACUUUAAACAGGACAUUUCCACCUUUAGAUACAAAGCCAACAGACUGGUUGGAUUUGCUAGUACGCUAUGUUUGCAGAGCAGCAACAUCAGAGCUGUCUGGGCUUUUCAGAGCUGGACUGAUUAUGACCCGGUUGCGCUCCUGGCUGACACCUGACCGAAUACACGUUUAUUUUUCUCAAUAAGAACAAGUAGACAGAAAACUGGACACUGUGAGUCUGAAGUACUUUUCUGUUAAUAUUAUGAGCCUUCACUUUAUAAGACUAGGUCUGUGGAGAUUAUUUUAUGAGCCUGAUCGUUGAUAAUCAGCGUUAAACAUGUACCCGUAUUCAAUACCGUCAGUUAUAUGCAUUUUGUUGCUUUGGAAAAUAUCAUUUAGGGGAAAAACAACAUAAUUGGAUUUGUUUUUGACGUAAGAAAACUCAAUGUUUUUAUUGAUUAGUCAAUAAUUGAUCGUUAACAUUUCCAAAAAUCGAUUGCAGAAACUACAAAAAUGUACAUCCUUGCUUAUCAGGCUUUCAAUUGAUAUAAAAAGCUACUGUACGGUAUUAUUAUAGGGGAGAAAUAAUUGAUGCAGAAAACGUUUCCAAACUUCUUUUGAGGAGUUAAGUUGUAGCUGGUGAGACUUCAGAAGUCGGUCCAGCAGCCAGGAAAUUGUCAAACGUGUAAUCUGACAUGUUUGACACUCGAGUGUUUUAAACUCUGAGUAAGAGUUGAUGCUUGUAUUGCCUUCACAACAAAAUCCCACCCAGAGUUUCUCCUCUCAGUCUCUGUGCACUAUUCACUACGCUAACUUUCUGGCUUUAUUCAGUACUCACCGUACAGACACGGAGGCACACCGAUACGCUUAUUCUUGGCAAGAAAGCCGAAAGGUGAUUGACCAGUUCCUCUCUGCUGAAGUAGUCUUGUUUCUCAAAUGUUGAUGUGGAAGUAGAUUAAAGCCACACACUGUAGAUACACACCUGUUAGAGCUCACUGCAGUAAAAUAACCAUGUGCUGGAUAGAUAUCUCUCACUCCUUCUGAUUAUGCUCACAUUUUCUCCUUUAAGUUUGAACCUCUGGAAUCACUCCUCGUAGACAUGGGAGCCAAUCACGUGUUUGUAUGUGUGGGACAAUAUGAUUUAACAUGUUUCUGUUCUCUUGUUGUACCAUGAACCAUGUCUGUGAAACCGUCUGUUGGUUUAUACUUUACUACUGAGAACGGAGAAGUGAAGAUUGAACACCGUUGUUAUGGUCAUGAUGUUGGUGUGACGGCUCAAACAGAAGAGUCCAGAACUUGUGCUGCUGUACGAAUGUGUUAACGGGCACGAGGCUUUUUUUAUCAGGAGCACUCAUGAGGCUUCAUGUCAGUCUUUGGGAAACUGCUGUGGAUUUGCACAAGUCGUCUGAGAACUACUGACGCCGAGAGAGGAAAGCACACUUCAGGCUGUUGCGGCCUAGAGUCCUGAAAUCUGAAAUCUAGACCGGCCGCUGACUCUGGAACCGGUUUAUGUUGAGUUUGCUUUUUUGCAGUAUACCAUUUUUAAAAGUGGAAAACCCUCAAUGUUGUGAUGUUUCAAUGCUCAGUGUAGGAUAUAGACUGAGUGUAAGAAGUGUACUGUUAGUUUGUUGAUCACAGGUCGCCGUGCUCAAAGCAUCGUCUGCUGAUCUUCAGUUUUACAAUGACAAAAUCAAUCUUCAAAUAAAGACGACUACUUCUUACAAA